UAGAGGCCUAACUUCACUCUCUUAUCUUCGAGGCCACCACAAUCACAGAGAAGAUUCUCAUCCUUGCAAGCCGAAACUCGAAACUCCAACUCAUCCCUUUGACUCAGAGGUUCAACUCACUGAGUCAACCAGAGGCUAUGGCGUUAUCGAGUCCACAGUUACAGAGAUUCCUCUCAACCGACUUCAAUUUCACCUCCAACGCCAAAUCAGCCAACAAGAACCACCGAACGACGACAACUAACGUCAAAGCCAGAAGCCCCUGCCGUUGCCCUGCAAUUGCAAUUGAUGCUCCUUCUUCGCUAACGGACGUCGCGGGGAUCCGAUGGGGAUCCACGAGCGUGCAGGGCAGACGCGAAGAGAUGGAGGACGAUUUAGUCAUACGAUCGGACGGCCUUGACGGAUUCUCGUUCGCUGCUGUCUUUGAUGGCCACGGUGGCGUAUCUUCCGUCAAGUUCCUCAGGGAUGAGCUGUAUAAAGAGUGUGUUACCUCUUUACAAGGCGGAUUUCUGUUGAAUGGAGGAGAUUUUAAUGCUAUUAGGAAGGCGCUAACGAAGGCUUUUGAAAAUGCUGAUAAGAAAUUGCUAAAUUGGCUUGAAACGACUGCAGAAGGUGAUGAUGAAUCUGGUUCAACGGCCACUGUUAUGUUAGUAGGAAAUGAAGUGCUCUUCAUUUCUCAUGUUGGUGAUUCCUGCGUGGUUCUAUCUCGUGCUGGAAAAGUAGAAGUGUUGACUGAUUCUCAUCGACCAUAUGGAAGCAAUGAGACCUCUUUACAAGAAAUCAGAAGAAUCAGAGAAGCAGGUGGAUGGAUUGUCAACGGAAGGAUUUGUGGUGACAUAGCUGUAUCUCGUGCUUUUGGUGACACUCGAUUCAAGACAAAGAAGAAUGAAAUGCUGAAGAAGGGAGUUGAGGAAAGGAAAUGGUCUGAAAAAUUUAUUUCUCGAAUAGUGUUCAAUGGAGACUUGGUCAUUGCAUCUCCAGACACUUUUAAAGUAGCUCUAGGGUCAGAUGCAGAGUUUAUCCUUUUGGCAUCUGAUGGGUUAUGGGACUACAUAAACAGCUCAGACGCAGUUGCUUUUGUUAGAAAUCAACUACGAGAACAUGGAAAUGUUCAGGUAGCAUGCGAUGCACUUGCACAAGCCGCUCUGGAUCAAGGCUCUCAAGACAACAUCAGCAUUAUCAUUGCUGAUUUAGGGCAGACCGACUGGCAGAGUUUGCCACUUGAGCAACAAAAUAUUCUAUAUGAGUUAGGCCAAGCUUUAGCUACAGUUGGGAUUGUAUCACUUGGAAUAUGGUUGUCAUCUCAGGCUUUUUUUUGAUAUUGAGUGACCUGUUGUAUAUAGAUCAACAUAGAUUUCACACUGUCUGUAUAAUGAAAUUGUAUAUGAUACUAGCACUUUUUGGUAAACUUGACCUAGGCAUAUUUAAUAAUUCUGAAAGAAUACUAUUCAGUUACU